AUGGACCGGCCCAUGGAAGCCGCGCUGCGGGAGGUGUUCGUGCGCGGCUGCGGCCUUGACCCCUGGCCGCACCAGCUGCAGGCGGUGGCGCACAUCUUAGAGGAGCUCGAUGCGGCUGCUCCUGCCGGCGGGGACCGCCAGCAGAAUUUCUUGGUACAGCACAGCACAGGCAGCGGCAAGUCGUUGACCAUGGCGCUCAUGGCCUGGGCGCUGGGUCACGUGGCCGAGCUCGGUGGGCGCGGGCGCACGUUCGUGCUGACGCUGCUGCUCAGCGACCGGCGGCAACUGGACAUGCAAUUGGGCGAUGCUUGCGCCCCCUUUCUGAGCAAGGCUGGGAUGCCACCGUCCAGCGUGAGGCGGUGCGACGAUGGAGGGGACCUGGUCAAGAUGUUGGGAGACGUUGCGUCUGCCAGGAACGGGGGGCCUUCGAGCUACCAGCAGCGCUUCGACCGCCUUUUUGAAGGCGGGAGGGCCCAUUCUCGGAGCGGGUAUCGCCCUGGCGCGCUCGUGCCCAUCCUGCGGCGUGGCCUCGUCGCAGUUGUCUGCGAGGAGGCGCACCGCUCCCACUUCAUCGGCGACUGCACCACGAAGACGGUCAACCGCCUCUUCGGUGCCCACAGCCUGCACGAGGUCGCUGCGAGAGCAGGCUGGCAGCCGCAUGAGCUUUCGUACAUCGGCUUCAGCGCCACCCCAGACGAGCGGACACUGAAGCGCUUCGGACUGCGCCAGGACCUCAGCCAUACCCUGCGAUGCUGGCGGCCGGUGCACGCUUACCACAUCGGCCAGGCGGAAGGGGAUGGCGUCAUCAUGGACGUGCUGUCGAACUACGCCAGGAGCAGCUGGCCAGAAGGCUCCACGUCGAGCUCCCGUGCCGCCUGGCUGCUGGAGGACCUCGCGCGCAAGCGAGACGCGCAGCCCGCGGACCUGCGGCCGCGCUGCGCUGGGAUGCUGGUGUGCAGCAGCCGUGCCGAGGUCGUCCAGUGGGUCCGGGCGCUGAGGGCUGCCCAGGCGGCCCGGCAGGGCCCCGCGCUCCCCGGAGGCGCAGGCGCCGGGGGCCGGCCGGCGGGCCGCGGGUGCCACGGAGUGUUCGGCUUCUACAGCGGCCUCCUGGAGGGCGCCGAGGGCGAGGAGGCGGAGGGGGAGGUGCGCCUGAACGGGGGGCUCAGCCUGCCGGACGCGUGCGCCGCGGCCCGAGUUCUCGUGGUGUGCCGCAAGCUGGAGACGGGGUACGACAACCCCCACCUCUGCGUCCUGUACAGCUCGGCGGCGAGCGAGCUUGAAGACCGCAAGCAGAUCGUCCAAGUGCUUUCCCGCAUCAACCGGAGUCUGCCAGGCAAGAUCCCCUUUGUUGUCGACUUCUGCAACGACAUCGGUGCCAUCCAGGCGGCGUUCCACAGCUUUCGGUGCGACGCUAUCGCAUGCAGCGAGCCGCGGCGCGGCGCCGCCGUGGCCCAGCUAGACGAGAUUCUGAAGAGGCUGGGCUCCCUACUGGUUGACGGCUCCAGUGGCGUUGCCAGCAACCCUCAUCACUUCCUGGAGGCAGUGCUGCGGCAGCCGGCGGCGCAGGGCCUGCGCCAGGAGCCGGGUGCGGACAACAGAUCCAUCCAGGGUGACCGUGUCCGCGGCCUCGCGGGCCGGGUCCCUGCGAUCACGACCGCCAGUCUGCAGUAUCGAGAUGAGCUCGAGCUGUGGACAAGCAAGGAGGGCGGGCUCGUCUUCGUGGACCAGGGCGUGGCGAGGCGGCAGCUGCUGCAGAUCAGGCCCUGCGCGCGCUAUGGCGGCGUCACCAGGCUCGCGGCUAAGCCUGGCGUGCUGGUGGAGGAGGAUCUCGCCGCCAAGAUGCGCCCUGGCGCCAAAGCGUGCACGCCAGGGGCGCUGGUGAGCGAUCGCUGCGUGCAGCUCCGAUGCGAGCAAGACGGCCUGCGGGUGAAUCUGCGGGGGCCCGGCCCGGAGCUGGAGGCGCUCUUCGCUGCCAGCGAGCGGUCGGCGGCUUUUUUCAGGUGGCUGGUGCAGAAGAUCUGCAGCGGCGCCCGCGAUGAGGCUGACGGCAGGCUGCUUCGGCUGCCCUUCGUGUGGAUGGCAGACGACCUGCUCGUGGCCUUCUGCAGAAACGAGCGGCCUUUGGGCGCCGCUGGCUAUAGAGCCCCUGAGGUGCUUCUCAGACAGGGCUUCCGCGAGGCCUUCCUGGAGGUGCAGCGGCACCCGAGGAUCUGCAGCGUGGCAGUCGCGGGAUUUCUCAGGGACAGGGGUUUCUCGUUUCAGGUCAGGCAGGAUUGGUUGAUGGACCGGUCAAUCGCGCUGCAGAAAGUGAUGCUCCUGAAUCUUGCCAAGCUCGCUGAGCUUGGUGUCGAGUUUUGCCCUCUGUUCAAGAUGUCUGAAGACCUCGCCCUCUGUUUCGACGUGCUGCAGCGGCCAGGUGGGCACACGCUGAAGGCGCAGGGCUAUCCAGGUGCCUGCGGCAACUGCCGCCAUGCCAGCGCAGCGCUAUUGUGCGGCGAUCCCUGA